UUUUGACAGAUGUGAAACUCCGAUUCACACUGCCACCAUCCACCAUCCGUCAAAAACAGCUGAUGCCAAUAACAAGUUCAUUAAAUUUGCGCGGAAGAUUUAUUAAUUCUUGGUUCUUAUAAUGGAUGAUGAAGAUAUAGCAAUUAUUUCGGCUGUGGUUCAACAGCAAAAUAUUUUCUUGCACCAACUAAUAAUGUUGCUGUCAAUGAAUAAUGAUGAUGACGAUGAUGACUUUAACAUUGACGAGGAUGAGAUGACCCAGAUGACUGCCAUAAAAACACAAAAGCCAGGAAGAUUAUGGUCGUUUAAGCGGUUCGGGACAUUUUGGGAGAAAGAUGUACCAGAAAACAACGAGGCGUUUUUCAAAGAGAGUUUCCGAAUGGAGAGGCCCUGCUUUGAUAUUUUAGUGAAUCGGCUUGAAGUGCUGCGAAAGAAGGACACCAACUGCCGAGCUGCAAUUCCUUUGGAAAAGCGCAUCGCCAUUGCGCUAUUCACUUUGGGCUCGUCCUCUGAGUACCGAACAGUUGGCAGGCUUUUCGGUGUAGCUCCAAACAGUGUGUGUAAUAUCCUGCACGAGUUUUGCAGAGCACUUAUAGAUACAGAUUUACAUAUGUAAAUAUCGGCUCUGCAGGAAGGUGCAAUGACUCGAUGAUAUACCAGAAGUCAAGCCUUGCAAAACAUAUCGAAGCAUCGGCAUUACUCGAAGAGAAAGCCAAGGAAAUAAGCGGAGUAAACGUCCCUGUAAUGCUUAUCGGUGACUCGGCAUUUAGGUUUUCUAAAAAGCUGAUGAAACCUUCCCCGUUUUACACAGUCGCCUCUUUGGAAUAGCGCACGUUUAACUACAACCUUUCCAAAGCUAGGCGAGUGGUGGAAAAUGCAUUUGGGCAUUUAAAAGACAGAUUUCGAAUAUUCGGAAAAGGUCUUGAUAGCCACCACAAAAAUAAUAGCGCCAUAAUAAUGAGCUGUUGUAUUUUACACAAUAUAUUAAAUAUGCACAACA